GAGAGAGAGAGAGAGAGAGAGAGAGAGAGAGAGAGAGAGAGAGAGAGAGACAGAGAGAGAGAGAGAGAGAGAGAGAGAGAGAGAGAGAGAGAGAGAUAUGGCUGCAUGCCUCAUCGUUUCACAAGUGUCUUGAAGUGCUUGUGAGGCCUCUUUGGUAGAAUGCUGAGAGAGAGAGAGAGAGAGAGAGAGGACAUGAUGCAAAUAAAUGAGAACUACUGGCUAAACAGUAUACGAAAGUCCUGGAUAAUCUCUUUAAGUGAGAGAGGGUUCCUAAACCAUUUACAGUAAAUGGUCCUCAAGGGAUUUCCAGUCAAGAUAAUCAACAGUACCAUUUCACAAGGUAGCUAGAUGCAUCAUGGGAGUGGAUCAGAACUUAUCUACAGUAGUGGACCUGAACACAUCUAAUAUAACCAUGGAGUACAGCUCAGCCCGCUCAGUGGAACAGGUCCCUACAGAAUACCGCAUCGCAGGCCUGGUCUUCUACUGUGUCAUCUUCACCAUUGGCAUAGUGGUCAACGUCACCGCAUUAUGGGUAUUUGCCUUGACCACCAAGAGGAGGAACUCCGUCUCGGUCUACAUGAUCAACGUGGCCAUAGUGGAUCUCGUCUUUAUCAUCCUUCUCCCCUUCCGGAUGGUUUACUAUGGCCAGGACUACUGGCCGUUCGGAGACAUCUUCUGUCGGGUCAGCGCGGCUCUGACUGUCUUCUACCCCUGCAUGGCCCUGUGGCUCUUCGCCCUGAUCAGCACUGACCGCUACGUGGCCAUCAUCCAGCCCAAACACAGCAAGGAACUCAAGAACAUCCCCAAAGCCCUGGUAGCAUGCAUCGGGGUGUGGAUCAUGACCCUGGGUAGCACUGUCCCCUUGCUCUUCCCAGACCACGACCCGGAUCGCUCCUCCAACUUCACCACCUGCAUCAAGAUGCGUGACAUCAUCCACCUGCGAACGGACAACCCCGUCCACUUCACACGCCUAUUCUUCUUCUUCCUGGUGCCGACCUGUAUCAUGAUUGGUUGCUAUGUGGUCAUCGUGGAUAAUCUCGUCCACGGACGGACUUCUAAGCUCAAGCCCAAGGUCAAGCAAAAGUCCAUCAGGAUCAUCAUCACGCUCAUCGUCCAAGUGCUGGUGUGUUUCGUGCCCUUCCACAUUUGUUUGGUGGUUCUGUUGCUGGAAGGUGGUGAUGGUUCGGACUACAGCACGUGGGGUGCCUUUACAACAUUCCUGAUGAACCUGAGUACAGUUCUGGACAUUAUUCUUUACUACAUUGUCUCCAAGCAGUUCCAAGAUAGAGUGAUCAGUGUGAUUCUGUACAGGAACUACCUGCGUAGCGUACGGAGGAAGAGCAGACGCACACACACAGGGAGUGUGAGGUCGUUCAGUAACUUGACCAGCGCCAUGAUCUGAAGGCGGAAACCAAACUCAACUGUGCAAAAGAAGGUGACCCAGGGACUUUACAGAUGCAUAUCUGGCAGACAGUGGCGGUCGGUGACAUUUUUAAUGAGGGAGGACAAUACAUUUUUUUAUGAGCAUGGCCUUAUUUCUAUUACAGCAUAUUGGAUGAUUGUCAUUCAUAUACCAUUCACCCAGCUCAAUGUAACAUUGAUAGGUUUAGGCUACAUCCUACAUGAUAUUCACAUUUUCUUAUCAUGAGGUUGGUACAGCCUAGCCUAUGAAUGAACGUUUACAACCACAGGCCAAGAGAAAGAUUUGAGUUAUCAAGGUGGCAGACAGUGACACAUUCAAUACCGUCUCGCACACUCUUGCCCACAUCUAGCUGAUGUAUGGUGUAAUCAUUAGUCCAACAGUUGCAAACAAAAGUUUCUAUUGGACAUAUGCCAGUACGUUUUUCCCCAUUUCGUUCUGUUUGCUUCUGUUUAAGAAAUGUUUUUAAACAGAAUCGGCGGAAGGAAUUACACCCCUGAUCACACGCAAACACGGUUCACUUCACAGCAGCCACAUACAAAGAGCAUGAGCACAACACAACACAUCAGCUGUCUGUGACCAGGUGAAAAAACCUUCCCAAGCCAAAAUGUCAUAUCAUAACCGCUAACCGCUACACACAGCCUACAUCGUUGUCACCAUAUUAACUAACGUCAUAGUCAACAUAGCUACUACAACUAACAUGUUAGUAAAAUCAUAGUACAAACAUGCAGUGCGGUGUACAGUCAGCAAACUUGCUUCUCUUUCAUUUUUAAAGAAAUUAAUGUGUUCAAAAUUGUUAAACUAUUGUCUUUCUUUCUCUUUGAGUCAGCUACUCACCACAUUGUAUGCACUGCUGUGCUAGUUAGCUGUAGCUUAUGCUUUCAGUACUAGAUUCAUUCUCUGAUCCUUUGAUUGGGUGGACAACAUGUCAGUUCAUGCUGCAAGAGCUCUGAUCGGUUGGAGGCAGUCCCCCAGAAGUUCAUAAUUACUGUGUAAGUCUAUGGGAGGGUGUGACGACCAUCAGCCUCCUAGGUUUUGUAUUGAAGUCAAUGUACCCAGAGGUGGACGGAAACUAGCUGUCCUCUGGCUACACCAUGGUGCUACCCCAGAGAGAGCUGUUGAGGAUACUGUGACCUUUGCAAAACAGUGUGUUUUAAUAAAUUAUUUGGUGACGUGAAUAUAUUUUGUAUAGUUUUAUCUAAAAAGGAUAACCUUUUAAUGUUUCACUUCUUUUUAUUUUCAUGAAAUUUGUUGAGGAGGAUGGUCCUUCCCUUCCUCCUCUGAGGAGCCUCCACUGCUGGCAGAGUGUUCUAACAUUGAGUAAAUUAUACAUGUGUGUUCAGACUGGUGAUUCAGUAACUUCAUCCCCAUUUACAUUUGAAAUGGUGGGUUGGACGGGGGGUUAAGGGUCAUGGCGAAAGACUGGGUACAGGCCAGAUACAUAAACUCACCUGCCAAGGACUACUCUUCCCAAAAUAGAAAGUGAUAGCAUGCAAAUGACUUACACACACUUGGCAUGGCGUGUCAAACCUAACUAAAUUGACCCAUAUGGUAAGGAUCUAUAUGAAUCAUAUAAUGAUUCGUAUAUGGGUACACCUGAAACAUGUCUUCUAAGAAGUAGUCCACUUUCAUACAAAGGCAUAAUAUAAGAAGCAUAAUUGUUUUACUUACAUGUUGUCACAUAUACAGUGUAUGUAAGAAACACAAGAAUCAUGCAUGUUUUGUGUGUUUUCUUCUAAGAGGUAGGCCAUAGAUUUACUUAUAACAUUUCAUUAAAUCCUUGUGUGUGUGUUCGCUGUGGGCUUCAUGUUCAACUCAUUCAAAAAACGGAUUUGAAUUCA